CGUGAAUUUUGCGUAGUAACGUACCCUACUUUCAAUUAGUGGGUCAACAAAGAAACAGCUGUGUGUAAUUAUAUGUACAUGUAUAUUUAUUUACAAUACCGGGGUGGUUUUUUAUUAUUAACAUUUAUAAUAGUAUUGUUUGACAAAUAUUUAUCCCGCCUUUUUAUCAGCUGUACAUUGCACGUUGUGCAGGCUGCACUGUUCAAGUCACAUGGCAUUGUUUACGUUGCUGUGUUGGGGCACGUGACUGCUACGUCACGGUAUUUCCGCAUAGAGAAAGAAGGUAAACACAGACAGGGCAGAAUAUACGUGAGUGUGGUGACGGAUUGGCAGUUUCUCGACAGAAGGUUGCUGAUAGUAGAAGUCGAACUAGUGGACAUUGACACCAUUGUUUUGCCAUCAUUAAGGCGUGAAGGAGACUGUUCACAUUUGUCGGGUAACUAGUAACCAGGAAGUAACAGGAGCCGCGAAAUCAGCGGGACCGGGGAAAGUGGGAAUUCCAGGAACUGGUUCAGAGAGUUUUAAUGUCUAAGAUUUUUCAAGAUGGUGAAAACCUUUCAAGCUUAUUUGCCAAACGAGUGCCACAGAAAGUAUAGCUGUGUUCACUGCCGGGCACACUUAGCCAACCAUGAUGAACUCAUUUCCAAGUCCUUCCAAGGAAGUCAGGGGAGAGCGUAUCUCUUCAAUUCUGUGGUGAAUGUUGGCUGUGGCCCGGCGGAGGAGCGAGUUUUACUCACAGGACUACAUGCUGUGGCAGAUAUCUUCUGUGAAUGCUGCAAAACCACACUGGGGUGGAAAUAUGAACAUGCCUUUGAAUCUAGUCAGAAAUACAAGGAGGGAAAAUUCAUCAUUGAACUUGCACAUAUGAUCAAAGACAAUGGUUGGGCCUGACUGAAAUAAGGCCCGUUACAGACAAGCAAACAGACUAGGCCCUUUGAUGUUGGUGCAGUUAUCACCGUGGCUCUGCAUCAUGUGACCUAGUCUCUCAUUUUGAGAGGAGGCCGGGAGUGAUUGGAAGCCAUGCUGAUAUUGUAGACAGCUUCUCUUUGUGUAAACACUGGAGACAGCCUUGUGUUCAUUCUCAUCCAAUUCACUACUCUCAGGAAAUGUUACAUCAAUAUAUGGACCAAUUCAUGGAAAACACAGAAUCCUCCAUCAAUGAAUUUCCAGCAUUGCUUUAUCAUACAUUGUCUUCAUCAACUAGAAGCUUUUUUCCUACAGUUUGCGAAAAUUGUAUCCCUCAGCAUUCCAUGAUAAAGACAUUUUGCAGCAGUGGUUUAGAAGAUGGCUGUUCUUCGUUGUACUCGGUUUCCUCUGGUUGACUUUGUGUAAAUCUGGCAUGUCUCUCUCGGCUGUGUGACACUGAGCGGAGACCAUCAUAUGACUUGCGGUUGCAGCAUGCUCAUCCGAGACAGCUCUGUGAGCUGUUGUAGCAUGUGUACAAUAUCUUGUGUGUCGUAGAUCUCACUAUCUCAUUUUAUCUCAGGUAAUGAAAAUUCAGAAGAAGAAAAAUCAAACCAGUUCAAGAAAGGCGUCAACAUUGCAUCCUGGGAGUAAGAAAAAUAUCAGGAUAGAAUUUUUCAAAGUUCUGUCUGUUUAACCAAACUAUCUACAUUUUGCACAUACAUUGUGUGUUUUUCUGCAUUUGAACUUGGCCUCCAUUUAGUAGCGCACAUUGACUCUUUACUAUACCGUUUUCUGUUUAUGUUUUGCCAGGUUUUGCUGUGUUCAGUGUCGGAUUCCCUUGCCUUUGUAAACUCUUCAUGAUUUAUGGCUAUGUAAGGUUAUUUUUUCUCUCUUCUGUAAUUUAAUAUUAAAUUCAAGAGAGAUAAGUAAAUUUAUGAUCUAUAUGUCUUUCAGUUCAGCUUUUGCUUAUAACAAUAUUUUGGUUUUUCAUGUGUAAUUGUGGCUAGGAUAUUAAGCAAGUUUGUUGUUUAGAUUUGCUACUAGCAUGUCUGUUUAAGUGAUGGUGUAUGUGAUGCCUAAUAAUCUCCCAUUGUGUAAAUAUGGGUGUGGUAGUAACACAGGUCCAUUCGUUCACUUGCACAAACCAUUUAAAAACUGAUAAAAAUGGUGAAAAAAAUAUUGAAUUUAAGAUAAUCCAAUGUCUUUCAAAAUGUUAAAUGAUAUGAUUUUAACAGAAAUGUUUUGUGUAAUAGGCCUAUUCUCCAUUGAGCAUACUCUUUAACCAUUCUAGCUAUUUGUAUAACGUUUGAUAAAGAGUGUCUCAGGCACUCAAUUAAGUGUGCCGUUAAUCCGAAAUUCCUCUGAUUCUUACCGCCACUUUUAUCUUGUGAUAUGUGCGCAUGUCACAAUACGAAAGCGAAUGUAAGAGUUGGAGGAAUUUCGAGUGCCGUAUGAUUCUGGCACAGGCCUUCCCAACAGUAAAACGACUGACCAUUUACAUCUGUAAAUUAAAAGUGAAACAUUUUCAUAACCUAAUGAAUUCACGGCUUAUGGAUUGAAUGGUGUCUACUUUUUCCUGUGAGGAUGCUGUUCCAUAUAAUAUUCACAAGUAGAUUUGUCAUGUGUAAUUCUGGUCAAUAUAUAUAUUUUGUUAUCUAACUGUUUGACUGUGUUUGAAGUAUUUAAUGUAGUGCUGAGUUUGUAAUUUUGAUGGAAAACCUUGCUUUCAUUUUGUUGUCAUUAUUUUAUAUUGUCACGCCUUGUGGUUGAAAGGCUUCAAUAAAUACUAAAAUAUGA